AUGAAAACUAUAGAUAAAUAUACAUUGCUCAAUUAAAUUGGGUAAGGAUAAUACGGCAAGGUAUACAAGGCGAAUAAACACAACACUCAAGAAUAUUAUGCAAUCAAAGUCAUCAAACUAACUCGAUUUAAACAAUUACCGAAAUUAACUUAAUUCACAAUGAACGAAGUUGAAACAUUAAAACGAAUUAACAAUCCAAAUGUGAUCAAGUUUAUCGAAUUAUUCAAUUCUAAGAAUAACCUAUAUUUAGUUUAUGAGUUUUGCAAUGGUGGUAAUCUUGAAGAGUAUAUUCAAAGAAGCCGGAACCUCAGGGAAAGUGAUGCGAUGGAUAAAUUUGCUUAAUUAUUGAAUGGGUUUGAAUCCUUGCAGAAAGAGAACAUUCUGCAUCGAGAUUUGAAGCCUUCCAACAUUCUUUUGCAUGACAACAUUGUGAAGAUAGCAGAUUUCGGUUUUUGUAAAAAUAUUGAACCUUUUGAUCUCACUUAAACAAUGGUAGGAUCGCCAAUUUACAUGGCCCCUGAAAUCUUGUUAGGAGAACCCUAUAGCUUCUCUGCUGACAUCUGGUCUCUAGGAGUGUGUCUUUACGAGAUGCUGUUUGGAAGAUGUCCCUACGAAGACGUGACCAUCCCGAGACUAAUGUACCAAAUACAAAAUCAACCUGUAACGAUGAUGCACACCAUAUUAGCUGACAAUCCCUUACCAAAUUGGAGAGGGAAUCGAACGACUGUUGAGACGGAUGCUCACUGUUGAUCCGAGACAGAGAAUAUCCUGGCAAGAACUGUUCCAACUCAGGAUCUCCAAAAGUCAGAAGAGUGUCUCGCCACUCACCAACAGUAAUAGAAGAGGUGUAUCUCGUAAGUGUAAUAUAAUUUAAUAUUAGCAAUUAGAUAAAACUCCUCGCCCUAUCAACAAGUGUUCCAGAAGAAGAACAGUCAGCACUUCUCCUCAAAGAUGACUGAAACAUCCGAAAGUGGAAUCUACACCAACAUCAAGAUCAUUCUGCAGCAAAGGAAACAAUUGCAUGAGCACAUCCAAGCCAUCAUCAAACUCUUAGAGGUCAACGACAAUGUCCACGUCCCCUUAAUGGUACUCUUCAUGAUCAGAUACAUUCAAUCUCAACUGAAACUAAAUUUCGACUCUCUCAUCAGAUUAAGAGAAUUCAAGAACACUCCUCAGUUCGACAAGAUACAAUAUAUUUAUAAGGAAGAUGAAAGGUAUUCUCUUUUUCAUUACUCUCUCUCCCUUUUAGCUAAAUCCUCCUAGUCGAAAAACAGAUAGUCCAGGAAUUGAACAAGUCCCAAUGUCCUUCCGACAACGUCACCACUGAAGAAUUCCAAUGGAAUACUAAGUAGUUCUUGCGUACCAUCUCCGAUGAUAUCCAAUUGUCAGAAUUGCAGAAAUAUUUCUAUAGAUUUUUAGAUUCACUUAAUAAAUGA